AUGGAUGACAGUGAGGAGCUAGAUUCAUCAGCUGAGCUUUUCGGAAUAAUUACAGAUGCAGCAAAUAGCCAAGGCUGUUACGAGCUGACCUGUCGCAUUGAGUGCAUACGAAAUGAAGAUCUUUAUGCGGAGGCAGCUGCCGCGAUGAAUGCUACAGAUUGUGACUUGAUUACCUCGUUGAUCAUCUCAAAUCAAAAUCAAACAUAUAUAGACAACUAUUGGAUCGAUGUGAAUACUACAGUGCUAAGAAUUGCGCUGAUCAAAAGUAAUUUGACGAAGAUCAAAAGCGGAGCCUUUAAUGCGCCAAUGUUUUCAAAGGUUUUGCACAUGAUUUGGCUGGACCUGAAACUGAAUGAAGUUAGCAAUGGAGCCCUGUUAGGGCUCUACUCGUUAAAGAAGUUCGAAAUCGAUUUCAAAGUGCCCACCAUACAGUUGACUCUGCUGCAGCCCGUCCAGAUGACCCUGACCAACUUGAGAUUGAAUUGUGGCAUCACUUUCAAGAGCGAUUCCAAUAUUUUCGAAAACAUCUACUUGGGCAAGCUGGUGCACCUGGACUUGAGCCACAACACCUUCAAAGGCCCACUGACCAAGCACCUUUUCAGUGCCACGCCAAACGUUACUUAUCUAUAUCUGAAAUACUGUUAUAUAACUGCAAUCGAAGAUUCGGCCUUUGAGAACAUAGCAGAAAAACUGAUUUUAGUCGACCUGAAGAACAAUUUGUUAACGCAUUUCAAUGCCGACUCGCUGGGCCUUGGCAAAAAUCUACGACUAUUCGAUGUUGAGCCAAAUAACUGGAAUUGUAAUUGCCAACUGCGAUCGAUGAUCGAGUUCUACAAGAAAAUGAAAAGUUCCUUUAUAAGUGCCCCAUAUUGCCGCAUGCCACUGCGACUAUAUGGUAAGAGCUUUGACGAACUCAGUGACAAAGAGCUGGAAUGUGAUAAGGCAGAUGACAUGGAUCAGAUAACAAAGGCUGACGAUAAUCCAGAGCCAAAGCCCACAGUUCCCUACGGUCCCAUACUGCAAUUCAGUUGCACGCAAGCUAUCGCUAUAACAGAAGUCGAUAAAACUAUUGAUCGCCAAAAGCGAUAUUUAAAUAACGAUAAUCAGAAUUACGCCGCGUUCAACUCGGGCAACUUUGUUUUCGAACCACCCAGCUAUGAUCUGGAUUUGCAAAUACUACAAAAUUACAGUGUGCGCGCCUUGAUAGAGGAAUAUGAUGCAUCCGACAGACUGAACAUUGUUUGGUUUACAGAAAAUGAAUACACUGAGUCGAAUUUCGAGACCACAUCAUCGCCAAAGGACUACAAUUGCAUGCUGUACGAAGAGCCCUAUUUACUGACUGAUCCGCUGCAACAAAAUCAUACCUACACCUUUUGCAUGAUGUCUGAGAGCCAGGUGGUUGUGUCUCCAUUAUCGUGCCAGCCUCUGCAUAUACCACUGGAUGAGGUUCACAAUGAGACGGAUGAGGUCAUUGUAAUUGAGAGGGAUAAACAGUUUACCAUCGGAAUGCUUUGCCUGAUAUUUUUCAUAUCGAUUGUGUUCGGAGCUAUAUUUGCGUAUCUAGGCCUCAAAUCCUUUCCUAAUCUGUUGGAAGGCUCCAAAAAUGUUGUCGUUAUCAAGGAAUCGGAUAAGACGUGUUUCGUCUCAACCAUAGCCGAAUCAAAAUAUGUGAAAAGCCCGUUCAACAAUGGCAAAAACUCAAUUCGUAUUGGCGACGAAGAGUCAUCGGAAGUAUUCACUGUGGCCAGCGACAUUAAGGUGCCCAACUCGGCUAGCUUGAGGUCAUCGUCCACAUGUUUUGAAGAUUGCUUCUCUAGUGCUACUGAUGUACAGGCCAUGGAAUACGAGAUGCCCAUCAAAUUGAAUGAAAGCCGCAAACUUAGUGAGGGUGUCGACCGACCCAACUCUCCACCACCAUUGCCCAAGCGCAAUUCCAAAAAUUCAUUGACUAUGGAUCUGCAACCCUUAUCGUGUGAAAAGUUCCCAAAACCAACUUGAGUGCGGUACA